CUCCCCUGCCCUGCCCUGUCCCCUCUUUUCCUCCCCCUUCUUCGCUUUUCGCUUUCCCCGCCUCCUCCCCCUGUUCUCCUGUCCAUGUCAUCCGCGGAGGACUCCCCUGUCCCGGCUGGUGAGCCCUCUGGCCGCCCGGCCAUCCGCUUCAAGAAGGCCCGCUCACGGUCGAACCUUCGUGUGCGCGAUGUGGAGCCGACUUCUACGGCCGGCAGCACGUCCACAGCCGCUGAUGAUGCCAAGCCCGACGAGUCAGAGGAUGACCUGGCGCAUAUCGAGGAGAUGUCUCGUGAAACGAAAGAACGCCAGCGCGCGCGCAUGCGCGGUGCAGGCCUUGCCUCAGAGAACCUGCUGGUCGCGAAUGCCGCCCAGAAGGAGGAGGUCAAGGACGAUGCCCUCACUUCCCUGGAGUUCACCAAGCAGACCAAUGCAUUGGAUGUCAACAAGCACCUGGCGGCCUUUGUCGAGAGAGAGAUGCGCCUGCGCCGAGGCCAGGCCGACCCGGAGGCCCUGGCACAGGAGGCGGCCCUGGCCAACCGCCCAGCGGAUCCCAUUACGCAGCUCUAUCGGACGGUGGCCGAGGCCAAUAUCUCGGCCCUCGACAAGAACAACCUGAUCAACGAGGCCAAUGGCGCAGCCAGGGAUGCUCAGGACGACGAGGAGGUCGGCAUUUCUGCAUCCAUGUUGACGGCCGUCGCUGAGGUGGACCUGGGCAUCGAGAACAAGCUUUUGAAUAUCGAGCGUACCGAGGCCGCACAGCAGCGGUUGAUGUCUGCUUCAUCCAACUUCCGCCAACGGCCGGCUGCUGCCGUGCCGGCCAAGAGCCGUGGGAGGAAGUCCGCGUCGGCCAAGGAGGCGGCUGCCCUGGCCGAGGCCGAGGCUCUCGCCACCUCGUCUGCCGGCCGGUAUGGUGUUCUGCUUUUUUUUCUUCCAGCAUGUGUUCCUCGCCCGGCAACUGACUAUCCUUUCUCCUUCCCCACUUCCCUUUCGGGUCUCGAUGUGUGUGUGUGUGUGUGUAGCCGCCCGAAUUCUGGCGGACGCUUCCUACGUACGACGGAUCUGCGCUCGCCAUAGUGCCUUCUUUUUUUCUUUCUUCCCUCCCUACCACCCGCACUCACUCACUUUUCCUCGCCCUUGCCCUGCCUCCUUCCUCCUGUCUCGGCUGUGCACAUAUCACACCCAGCCACUGAGAAGCGCACCUUCUCAGAUGGGCCUGGGGCUGACAUUCGGUCGACUCAGGCCACCGACGACAUGGUGGCCGAGCGCUUCCGCAAGUACAACCUCGCGCGGAUGCGCCGCUAAAAAAGGAGCAGAGGCGGCCGGCCGCUUCUGCCCGGUGAAAAAAAAAAUACAAAAGAGAGACACUAA